AUGUCUCUGCUUUUCGGCCUAGUUGCAAAACAUUAUGUUGAAGAAGGUGACACAACACGUUUAUGCUCAUAUCCACUACAAACCCCGUACAUGUUGGUCAACUAUAGUUUUGAACAAGACGAAUCUACAAAUGAAGAAGAAAAUAUGUUUGUAAGUUACAAUUUAUUCAAUCUAAGAAGUGAAAAAAUCAUCAAGAUUACAGGCAAGAAAUUUCCAAAAGUGUUGUACCAAAGGUUUAUCCUCCUUGGAACCUCCCGUGGCUGGGCAGUUUUUAUGGGUAUGAAUGAUUCCACCAUAUAUCUCAGCGACAUAUUUAAUCCUUGGUCCUCAAAGUCAUCCCCCAAAACCAUUUCUCUACCUCCAUUGGCGUUUCCUAAUUUUGAAAUGACCAUAAACGUUUCAUUGUCUACUCCUUUUCCCGACCACGACAAUAACUCUAUAGUGAGUAUUACCUUCUGUGGAUCUAAACUUAGUUAUUGUAUGCCUAAUCGAGAUUUAGAGUGGACCACCAUUAACAUUCCAUUCUCCAGCGAUAUCGACUCACAUGUUGUUUAUUCUCGGAAAGACCAAAUGUUCUACCUCCUUAGUACAGGAUGUGCCUACAUGGUUACCUUGGAUCUUAAAAACAAUAAGAACCCUACAUUCAUGCAGUUACAGUUUGAGAAUUUCCCUUUGAUACCACAACACGAGUGGGAGAUAUUAUCUUCAUGUUCACGGAGUGACUAUAUGAUGGAGACUUCUUCUGGCGAACGUUUCAUUAUUCAUUGGUAUGUGACGUAUGUGGAGCCAACGCGCAAUGGGAACAGAACUAAAAUAUAUGGAAAAACUAAGCGAUUCAUGGUGUUUAGGAUAGAAAAAGAUGAUAAAUAUAAAGGAAGAAGAAUGAUCGCUAGCUACACAGACAAUAUUGGAGAUCUUUGCAUUUUCAUUGGCGAGAAUGAGAUAUUCUGUUUAGAGGCAUGCAAGUAUCCUGGACUCAAGCCUAAUUCGAUAUAUUAUGUUAGUUAUGGCUUUGGUGUGUACGAUAUCAGUAAUAGAAGCGCCCGCGAAUAUAAGUUAAAUGAUUUUCCUACAUUUUGCGGAAAUGCUUGUUUUUUGUCUCCUCUUCUCCAUUAG